AUGACGAAAAGUAAAAAUACAGAGCAAUUGAUAAAACCAUGGUCUCUACCACCAAAGAAGAAUUAUCUAUUUUACAAUGCCAAUUUAAUUGAUGUUGCAGAAAAAAAGAUUAUGGAGAAUGCUAGUAUUUAUAUCUCUCACGGAAUUAUUCUUCAUGUUAUGUAUCCUGGAGAACCACUUACUGGUGUGGAAUCAGGAUUAGACGAUGCGGGAGAGUAUGCAGCUAUUGAUCUUGAGGGGAAAUAUGUUUGUCCUGGGUUAAUUGAUGCUCACAUCCACAUUGUUGCUGUUCCUGGUAAACCUGAUUUGAAAUCUGGAUUGAAUCUUCCGUUUUCUCAUGCUGUUUUGCGUUACCACAAAGUAUGCAACCAAAUCUUAGAAAGAGGAUUCACUACUGUUCGAGACUGUGGUGGAGCUGCUGCAUUUGUUAAAAGUGCUAUAGAAGACGAUAUUAUUCAUGGACCUAGGUUAUUUUUCGCAGGAAAUGCUCUUUCCCAAACUGGAGGUCACGGUGAUCUGCGUGACCCGGAGUCUGACGGACAGCAUUCACAGGAAGAUGCAUGUGGGUGCCAAAACAAUGCUCUUGCAAGAAUAUGUGAUGGAGCAGAUGAAUGUUUAAAGGCUGCCCGAGAUGAGUUAAGAAAAGGUGCUGAUUUUAUAAAAAUUAUGGCAGGAGGUGGGGUUAUUUCUCCAACUGAUAAACUAUCAUCACUUCAAUUUAGCCCCAAAGAGAUUCGGGCAAUUGUGCUAGCUGCCAACAACCAUGGUACAUAUGUUACUGCACAUGCGUAUACACCGCAAGCUGUGCGUCAAUGUAUAGAAAAUGGUGUACGAGGAAUUGAACAUGGCAACUUAAUUGAUGAAUCUACAGCAAAAUACAUGGCUAGUAACAACGCUUAUCUUACACCUACUCUCAUAACUUACAAAGCAAUGACAAGUGACCAACUUUCCAAUUUCCUUCCCGAGGACGCAAGGAAGAAAAAUGAAAAAAUUCUUUUCGCUGGAUUGAAAUCGUUGGAAAUUGCCAAGAAUGCUGGUGUUAACAUCUGUUACGGGUCGGAUUUACUUGGACCUCUUAAUGCUGUACAGACUGGGGAGUUUGUCCUGCGCUCAUCUGUAUGUACGCCUGGGGAAAUUUUACAACAAGCUACAAUUAACCCAGCUAAACUUUUUGGCAUGGAAAAUAAACUUGGACAAAUUAAACCUGGAUUCUUUGCGGAUCUUUUGAUUCUAAAAGAUAAUCCUUUGGAGGACAUUUCUGUAUUAGAUGGUCCUCAUCGUCAUCUACUGGCUGUUAUGAAGGGAGGAAGAAUUUACAAGAGUAGAUGGACAAAGCUUAAAAACGACAUCACUAUAGAUGAUUAUAUUCUCUGA